UCAAAUUUAUUACAAUUUAUUUCUUGAUCACAGGCAGUAACACAUGGUCUGCGGCUUUAAUUAAACUUUUAUUAAUACCAUUCUUACUAAACAUUAUUCUAUUAAAUUGUGUCACUUCUUAUUUAUUUUCUUACAAUGAUUCUCAAUUGGACCACACCUAUUUCAAGCUUAUAUAUAUUAUGAUUAUUUAUACACACUACUUGUAAAUUGAAGAAACCAAAAACCUGUCUAAGAGAUUUGAGAGUAUACUAUUGUACUUUAAAAAAUGGCUGCCACAAAUGAGAAGCAGAAGAAGGCCGGAUUCAUGUCCCUUUAUAAGCCGGCGGCAGCCACCACCACCGCGACGUAUCAAUUUCAUCUGCCGGAGCCAAAGAAGGGCAGUGAUAAGGGUGGCAAUUACAUCUCACGAAGCUGGUUUUUCAUGAGAAAACCAAGAGGAGGAGGAGGAGUACGUAGUAAUAAAGAUGAUCAAGUUGAAAAGGCCAUCCAACAAGGAGGCAGUGGCGGUGGCGGUGGUGGCGAUGGUGGUUGUGGUGGUGGAGAAGUGGUGCCAGUGGUAGCUGAUCAGGGAAGAAAAUCAGUGUCACAUGUUGAAACCAAUUUGAGAUCAGUUGUUGGAUUUCUACAAGUGAAGGUUUUGGUGAGUGACAUGCCUAGUUUCAUGCAAGUGCAUGCCUUUAGAUGUGCUAGGCGUACUCAUGAUACCUUGGAAAAGUUUAGUGCAAAACACAUGGCUUAUAAUAUCAAAAAGGAAUUUGACAAAGUACAUGGGCCAGCGUGGCACUGCAUUGUGGGCUCAAGUUUUGGGUCGUUUGUGACCCAUGGAACUGGUUGUUUCCUCUACUUCUCAAUAGAGAAACUCCACAUUUUAUUAUUUAAAACUAAAAUUGAGAAAGCAGCAGAUUAAUAUUAUUAAUUAUCAAAAAAAAAAAAAGCAGAUUAAUAUUAUUAUUAAUUUUAUUUUAUUAUAUAUAUAAAUAUAGUCCAGGCCAGUACUAUUUUCCCUAGAAUUAAUGUAAAUCCAUUUUACUCUCUGUAUUAAGAACCUUGCACAUGGUUAAUAUUUAUAUAUUCUGCACA